AUUCGGGCCGCGGCAGCCAAGGCACACGAGCCCUAGUGGAACCCCCGCGCAGGCGUCUCAAAAGCAACGCUUGCCUAGCAUGGGUGUGGUCAACGUGGCCCAGGAUUUUGAUGAUCGACAACUACAUCUCGAAGCCGAGUCGGAGCCAUACCAUCCCUAUGAGUAUCAAACCGAGAACAACACCUCGUGGGCAGGCGCCCUUCCGGUGAAGCAGGGUCUGUAUGACCCUUCCCUCGAGAAAGAUGCCUGUGGUGUAGGCUUUGCUUGCCAUAUCAAGGGCAAGCCUAGCCACAAAAUCGUCAGCGAUGCCCGCAACCUUCUGUGCAACAUGACCCACCGGGGUGCCGUGGGUUCCGAUGCACGGGAUGGCGACGGUGCCGGUGUCAUGACGUCCAUUCCCCACAAGUUCUUUGUGAAAAACUUUGAGCGCGAAGUAGGAAUUAAGCUUCCUCCUCCGGGCCAGUAUGCUGUGGGGAACGUGUUUUUCAAGCCCGAUCAGGAGACGUUGCACGAGUCCAAGCGGCAGUUGGAAGACAUUGCCGAGUCGUUGGGCUUGAGGGUCCUGGGAUGGCGAGAGCCUCUUGUGGAUUCUAGUCUCCUUGGUCCUGCUGCAGCAUCUCGGGAGCCCAUCAUUCUACAGCCCUUCGUUGUGCUCGAGUCUGCCUAUGGCUCUGGGAACGCGCCCGAGGUGACGGACCCAGAAAAGUUUGAUGAGAAACUGUUUGAGAGGCAACUCUAUGUCCUCCGGAAGCGGGCCACUCAUACAAUCGGGCUCCAGAACUGGUUCUACAUCUGCUCCCUUUCCAACAAGAAUAUUGUCUACAAAGGGCAGUUGGCGCCAGUUCAGGUUUACCAAUACUAUUAUGAUUUGGUGGAUGCCUCCUAUGAGGCCCACUUCGCCCUCGUGCACUCUCGCUUCUCCACUAACACGUUUCCCUCAUGGGAUCGUGCCCAGCCUCUGCGGUGGGCGGCUCACAAUGGUGAAAUCAACACUCUCCGCGGUAACAAGAACUGGAUGCGCGCCCGCGAGGGUGUUAUGCAGUCCGACAUUUUCGGCGAAGAGCUGGAGAUGCUGUACCCCAUCGUCGAAGAUGGCGGGUCGGAUUCGGCUGCCUUCGACAACGUCCUUGAGUUGCUCACCAUAAACGGUGUGCUCUCCCUCCCCGAAGCCGUGAUGCUCAUGGUUCCCGAGGCCUGGCAAGGGAACACAUUGAUGGAUCCCAAAAAGGCCGCCUUUUACGAGUGGGCCGCGUGCCAGAUGGAGCCCUGGGACGGCCCCGCCCUGUUCACGUUCGCCGACGGCCGGUUCUGCGGUGCCAACCUUGACCGGAAUGGGCUUAGGCCAUGCCGUUUUUAUGUGAUGGAUGACGACCGGAUCAUCUGCGCCUCGGAAGUCGGCACCAUCCCCGUUGAACCUGAGAGGAUUGUCCAAAAGGGCCGCCUGCAGCCCGGCCGCAUGCUUCUCGUUGACACCCAAGCUGGCCGUAUCAUUGAUGACAGCGAGCUGAAGGCUGCCGUGUCGAGCCGUCACGACUUCAGAGCUUGGCUCGAUGAGAACUUGAUCUCGAUGCCAAAUGUGCUGGAGAAGAUCUCCGAGGACAAGAACAUUGCUUUGGCCGCGAAGCCGGAUGAAUCAAAACUGCAGGAAGACCCGUUGCUUCAUGCGUUUGGCUACACCUUUGAGCAAGUCAGCUUGCUGCUCGCGCCCAUGGCCUCGGACGAGAAGGAAGCGCUCGGCUCCAUGGGCAACGAUGCUCCUCUUGCCUGCUUGUCGCAAGCUCCCAAGCUUCUCUACGAGUACUUCCGCCAGUUGUUCGCCCAGGUUACCAAUCCGCCCAUCGAUCCCAUCCGAGAGUCGAUCGUCAUGUCCCUCGAGUGCUACGUCGGUCCCCAAGGCAACCUCCUGGAGAUGGAUGCGAGCCAAUGCGGAAGGCUGCUUUUGCCCAGCCCCAUCCUCUCCAUCGAAGAGUUCAACGCCAUGAAGAACAUGUCGACCAUCUACCCCGAGUGGACCGUCAAGACCAUCGACAUCACCUUCCCGAAGAAGGAAGGUGUUCAAGGCUACAUCAAGCACCUGGACUACAUCUGCAAUGAGGCCACUGCUGCCAUUGAGGCUCGUGAUCGUAUCAUCAUCCUUUCUGACCGCAACACUUCCAGUGACCGAGUCGCCGUCUCGACUUUGCUUGCCGCCGGCAUGGUUCACCAUCACCUUGUCUCCAACAAGUGGCGUGCCAUGGCUGCGCUAGUCGUCGAGACCGCUGAGGCGCGUGAAGUGCACCACAUGUGCGUUUUGCUCGGCUAUGGCGUGGAUGCCAUCAACCCGUACCUCGCCAUGGAAUGCAUCUUGAAGCUCAAUAGGGAGAAGCUCAUCAAGAAGAAACUUACCGACGAGGCUCUCAUCAACAACUACAAGCAUUCCUGCGACGGUGGAAUUCUCAAGGUCAUGAGCAAGAUGGGUAUCUCUACCCUUGCCAGCUACAAAGGUGCUCAGAUCUUCGAGGCGCUCGGCGUCGACGACAGCGUCGUUGACCGCUGUUUCCGCGGGACCGCCUCCCGUAUCAAGGGUGUCACUUUCGAACUCAUUGCCGAAGAUGCAUUCCGUUUCCAUGAGCGCGGCUUCCCCUCGCGGUACACGGUCGGUGUCACUGGCCUCCCCGAGUCCGGCGAGUACCAUUGGCGUGAUGGCGGCGAGGCACACGUCAACGAUCCCACGUCCAUCGCCAACAUCCAAGACGCAGUCCGCACAAAGAACGACAAAUCGUACGAGGCCUAUUCUUUGUCCGAGUAUGAGCAGAUCAAGUCUUGCACCCUCCGCGGUAUGCUCGACUUCAAGUUCGAGGAUUGCAACCCCAUUCCCAUCGACCAGGUGGAGCCAUGGACCGAGAUUGUGCGGCGAUUCUGCACUGGCGCCAUGUCCUAUGGAUCGAUCUCGAUGGAAUCGCACUCCACUCUGGCCGUCGCCAUGAACAGGCUUGGCGGCAAGUCCAACACCGGUGAGGGAGGUGAGGAUCCCGAGCGUUCGCAGCGCCUGCCUAACGGAGACACAAUGCGCUCUGCCAUCAAGCAGGUUGCCUCCGGCCGCUUCGGUGUCACUUCCGCCUAUCUUGCCGAUUCCGAUGAGCUCCAGAUCAAGAUGGCGCAGGGCGCCAAGCCCGGCGAAGGUGGCGAGCUCCCUGGACACAAGGUCUCCAAGUCCAUUGCGCGCACCCGCCAUUCCACCCCUGGUGUUGGUUUGAUUUCGCCUCCUCCGCACCACGACAUCUAUUCCAUCGAGGAUUUGAAGCAGCUCAUCUACGACCUCAAGUGCUCCAGCCCCCGCUCUCGCGUCUCGGUCAAGCUAGUGUCUGAGACCGGUGUCGGCGUCGUCGCUGCUGGCGUGGCCAAGGCGAAGGCUGAUCACAUUCUGAUUUCGGGCCACGAUGGUGGCACCGGCGCUUCCCGGUGGACGGGUAUCAAAUACGCCGGUCUCCCCUGGGAACUUGGCCUGGCUGAAACCCAUCAGACACUAGUUCUGAACGACCUCCGUGGCCGCGUGGUGGUCCAGACUGACGGCCAACUCCGUACUGGACGUGAUGUUGCUAUCGCCUGCCUGCUCGGCGCCGAGGAAUGGGGCUUUGCUACAGCUCCUCUGAUUGCUAUGGGCUGUAUCAUGAUGCGGAAGUGUCACUUGAACACCUGCCCCGUUGGCAUUGCCACUCAGGAUCCUGAGCUUCGCAAGAAAUUCACCGGAACGCCCGAGCAUGUCAUCAAUUUCUUCUAUUAUGUCGCCAACGAGCUCCGUGCCAUUAUGGCCAAGCUUGGCUUCCGCACGGUCAAUGAGAUGAUCGGUCACGCCGAAGUGCUCAAGGUCCGGGACGAUCUGAGGACCAACAAGACCGCCAACAUCGACCUCUCCCUUAUCCUCACCCCGGCCCACAAGCUUCGGCCGGGUGUUGCCACCUUCAACGUCCGCAAGCAGGACCACCGUCUCUAUGUCCGCCUCGAUAACAAGCUGAUCACCGAGGCCGAGUUGACGCUAGACAAGGGCCUGCCAUCACGGAUCGAAUGUGACAUUGUCAACACCGAUCGUGCCAUGGGUACUUCGCUCUCCUACCAGAUCUCCAAGCGCUAUGGUGAAGCUGGGCUGCCCAUGGACACUGUCCAUGUUAACAUCAAGGGGUCUGCUGGCCAGUCAUUCGGCGCCUUCCUCGCCCCUGGUAUUACGCUGGAGCUUGAAGGUGACGCCAACGAUUACGUGGGCAAGGGUCUGUCCGGUGGUCGCCUCAUCAUCUACCCGCCUCGGUCGGCCGUCUUCAAGGCUGAGGAGAAUAUCCUGAUUGGCAAUGUGUGCCUGUACGGAGCCACAAGCGGCACAUGCUUCUUCCGUGGUGUCGCCGCAGAACGAUUCGCUGUCCGUAACUCGGGUGCCACGGCAGUUGUUGAGGGUGUCGGUGAUCACGGUUGCGAGUACAUGACCGGCGGCCGCGUUGUUAUCCUUGGCAGCACGGGCCGUAAUUUCGCGGCAGGCAUGUCCGGUGGCAUCGCGUACGUCCUUGACAUUCAGCAAGACUUCUUGUCCAAGCUCAACAUGGAGAUGGUUGAGGCUUCCGGCCUGGAAGAUCCCGAGGAAAUCGCCUUUGUCCGCGGCCUGAUUGAGGACCACCACCAUUACACUGGCUCAGAGCUCGCCGCCCGCAUCUUGGUGGACUUCAACCGCGCCCUUCCCCGGUUUGUCAAGGUGCUGCCUGUUGACUACAAGCGCGUCCUUCAGGAGGAGGCUGCUAAGGCGGCCGAGGCCAAGCGGGCUGAGUACAAUCUCCCCGUCAUCUCGGGCGUGCCCAAGGAGGAGAAGAAGGAGAAGAGCGCCAAGCUUCUGGACAUUGAAGAGAGCAUCAACGACAAUGCUGCUGACAAGAAGAAGGCUCUUGUCUUAGACAAGACCAGAGGCUUCAUGAAGUACCAGCGGCGGUCCGAGAAGUAUCGCAGUGCCAAGACGCGGACCAAGGACUGGGCCGAACUUUCUCAGAGACUCGACGAGGACGAGCUCAAGUACCAGUCUGCUCGCUGCAUGGACUGUGGUGUGCCCUUCUGCCAGUCCGACACGGGCUGCCCCAUCUCCAACAUCAUCCCCAAGUGGAACGAAUUGGUCUUUGCCAAUCAGUGGCGUGACGCGCUGAACCGUUUGCUCAUGACCAACAACUUCCCCGAGUUUACUGGCCGCGUCUGCCCGGCUCCUUGCGAAGGCGCAUGCGUGCUUGGUAUCAACGAGGACCCGGUCGGCAUCAAGUCGAUCGAGUGCGCCAUCAUUGACCGUGGAUUCGAGAUGGGCUGGAUGGUGCCAAACCCGCCCAAGGUCCGCACGGGCAAGAAGGUUGCCAUCAUCGGAUCCGGCCCCGCCGGUCUCGCCGCUGCGGAUCAGUUGAACAGGGCCGGCCACACCGUCACCGUGUACGAGCGGGCCGACCGCCUCGGCGGGCUGCUCAUGUAUGGUAUCCCCAACAUGAAGCUUGACAAGCGCAUCGUCAAGAGACGCACGGACUUCAUGGCCGCCGAGGGAGUCAACUUCAAGACGGGCGUCACGAUUGGAGAGGACAUCAAGCUCAUGGACCUCAAGGCGCAGAACGAUGCCGUCAUCAUCGCGACGGGCGCGACGGUCGCUCGCGACCUUCCCGUCAAGGGACGGAACCUCGAGGGAAUCCACUUUGCCAUGGAGUUCUUGCACAAGAACACCAAGUCGCUGCUGGACUCGGAGCUCACUGACGGCGCCUACAUCUCAGCCAAGGACAAGCACGUCGUUGUCAUUGGCGGUGGCGACACCGGAAACGACUGCAUUGGCACGUCAGUCCGCCACGGUGCCAAGUCGGUCAUCAACUUUGAGCUGCUGCCGCAGCCGCCGCCGGAGCGGGCGCGCGACAACCCGUGGCCGCAGUGGCCGCGCAUCUACCGCGUCGACUACGGGCACACCGAGGUGCGCCAGCACAUGGGCAAGGACCCCCGUGAGUUCUGCAUCAUGUCGGAAGAGUUUGUCGACGACGGCAACGGAAGGGUCAAGGGCAUCAACACGGUGCGCGUCGAGUGGACCAAGUCGCCGAGCGGCGGCUGGGACAUGAAGAAGGUGGAGGGAUCGCAGCAGUUCUUCCCUGCGGACCUUGUGCUCCUGUCGAUGGGCUUCCUCGGACCCGAGGCGCGUGUUCUCGGCGACGAGAUCGAGAAGGAUGCGCGCAAGAACGUCAAGACGCCGCCGGGCAAGUACUGCACCAACGUCGAGGGCAUCUUUGCUGCCGGCGAUUGCCGCCGCGGCCAGUCACUCAUUGUCUGGUAAGUUCAUCUGCAACUUCUGUGUUUGUAUUGAAGAUGCUGACACAUUCCGUUUCAGGGGUAUCAACGAGGGUCGCCAGGCUGCGCGCGAGGUUGACCUGUACCUCGAACAUUGCACCAACUUGCCGGUCACGGGCGGUAUUGUCAAGCACACGGCCAAGGAGAUUCUCCCCAAGGCCCAGGCGGUGGCAGCAUAAGUGUUCCCACCCCGCCACAAAAGGAUGGAUGGACGACAUUUCCAUGAACGAUGUGCUCUUUCUUUGCCUGCAUCCGGGUUUCUGAAGGGUCAGGGCGGGA